AUGAAGGUCGGCUACGUCUUCGACGAGCGCUACCUGUGGCAUCGGCCCUGGAGCGUCCAGUACUCGGCCUUGGUGGAGCCGUUCCGCCACUGGGAGUCGCCCGAGACCAAGCGCCGCUUCCACUCGCUGCUGGCGGUGUCCGGUCUGUUGGAGCAGCUGGAGAUCGUCAAGCCCCAAGUCGCCACAAAUGCGCAACUGGAGCGCGUGCACACGCGUCGCUACCUGGAGGAACUGGAGCGAGCCUCAGCCCGGGAAGAAGGCGGCAACGCCGGGGAAGAAGCGCCGUUCUCCCAGUUCGCCUUUGACGUCGCGCGGCUGUCGGCUGGAGGGGUCAUCGCAGCGGCGGACGCUGUGAUGGACGGCCGGGUGGACAGAGCCUACGCUCUUACACGUCCACCUGGACAUCACGCCGUGAAAGAUCGCGGCAUGGGCUUCUGUCUGCUUAACAAUGUAGCCAUCACGGCAAAGCACUUGUUGGACGCGUACCCGACGCAGAUCAGGAGAAUCGCCAUUGUGGACUACGACGUCCACCAUGGGAAUGGAACGCAGGAGGCGUUCUAUGAGGACGAUAAUGUGUUGUUUGUGUCGCUGCACCAAGACAACAAUUAUCCGGCGGACAGUGGGGCUAUUACGGAGAGAGGAGAUGGAAAGGGUGAAGGGUUCAAUAUCAACGUUCCCUUGCCGCCAGGGUCUGGCUCGGGGGCGUACGAAUAUGCGUUCAAGAACGUCGUGGUGCCGGCGUUGGACAAGUUUAAACCGGAUUUCGUCCUGGUUUCGUCGGGGUUUGACGCGUCGUAUGCGGACCCGUUGGCGGCGAUGAUUCUGAGCAGCAACGUGUUUCGGUUCAUGGCUCGUGAACUGGUUGAAGCGGCCAAGCGGCUGUGCGGAGGGCGGAUUGUGUUCGCUCAUGAAGGAGGGUACUCGGAAACGUAUGUGCCGUUCUGCGGAGCUGCAGUUAUUGAAGAGUUGCAGGGCGUUCAUGAAUUGGACAAGCAGAUCAAGGAUCCGUUCCUGAGCGAAGUGGAACGCUGGAGUUACCAAGAACUUCAGGAGCAUCAGAAAAAGGUGGUUGAUAGUGUUGUUGGCUCUGUUGAUUGA